UUCAAAGAGUGUAACAUUAUGACAGUGACACUGUCUCACGUUGACAAGCCUUGUUAUUGUUUUGUCUCCCAAAAUAGAGUCGGAUCCAGCGUCCAAUUCAGUUGUGAUGACAGCUACGUUCUUCAAGGAUCCAAAAGUAUCACCUGUCAGAGAGUGACGGACACACUGGCUGCCUGGAGUGACCACAGGCCCAUCUGCAGAACACGUACCUGUGGUAGCAACCUACGGGGGCCCAGAGGGAUCAUAACAUCUCCCAACUAUCCUGUUCAAUAUGAGAACAAUGCUCACUGCGUUUGGGUCAUCACUACAUUGGACUCUACAAAGGUGAUAAAGCUGUCAUUUGAAGAGUUUGAUCUGGAACGAGGGUACGAUACACUAACAGUGGGGGACGGAGGCAAAAUAGGAGACACUCGACGGGUACUAUAUGUACUCACUGGCUCCAGUGUACCGGACAUCAUUGUGAGCUUGUCCAAUCAGAUGUGGCUUCAUCUGCAGUCAGACGACACGAUUGGCUCAGCAGGGUUCAAGGCAGUCUACGAAGAGAUCGAAAGGGGAGGCUGCGGCGACCCUGGUGCUCCGGCUUUCGGUCGCCGUAGCGGCGACGGCUUUCAGCACGGGGAUGUGCUGACCUUCUUUUGCCAGUCUGCGUUUGAAUUAGUCGGCGAGAGGAGCAUCACGUGCCAGCACAAUAACCAGUGGUCUGGUAAUAAACCCAGCUGCGUCUUCUCUUGUUUCUUCAACUUCACGGCCCCGUCCGGGACUGUACUCUCCCCAAACUAUCCUGAAGAAUACGGCAACAACCUCAACUGUGUGUGGUUGAUUAUUUCGGAACCAGGGAGCCGCAUCCAUCUGCUCUUCUCUGACUUUGACCUGGAGCCACAGUUUGACUGGUUGGUGGUCAAAGAUGAAGGUUUGUCAGAACCAACAACGUUUGGAUCAUUCUCAGGAAAUGAUGUGCCUUCCCAAAUCGCUUCAAACGGACACAUCGUGAGACUGGAAUUUCAGUCGGAUCACUCCAACACCGGAAAAGGCUUCAAUAUCAGCUAUACAACUUUUGGCCACAAUGAGUGUCAUGAUCCAGGCGUCCCUGUCAAUGGUCAAAGAUUCGGCGACCAAUUUCGGCUUGGGAGCUCCGUGGCGUUCCGUUGUGACCAAGGAUUCAUUAGAACACAGGGGUCGGACCAGGUCACCUGCAUCAUUCAGGAUGGAAGUGUUGUUUGGUCCGCAGCGGUGCCUCGCUGUGAAGCUCCAUGUGGAGGCCAUCUCACUGCUCCAACUGGAGUUCUUCUGUCUCCUGGUUGGCCUUCUUUCUAUAAAGAUUCUCUCAACUGCCAGUGGGUAAUAGAAUCUCUGCCUGAUCACGCUGUGAAGAUACACUUUGACAGGUUCCAUACCGAAGUCAACUAUGACACUUUAGAGAUUAGGGAUGGCCCCUCAUCUUCCUCCCCCUUGAUUGGUGAAUACCAUGGCACCCAAGCACCUCAUUUCCUGAUUUCCACGUCCAACUUCCUGUUCCUGUUGUUCACCACUGACAACAGUCGCUCUGCGGUGGGCUUCAGCAUCAGAUACGAGAGUGUGAAAAUGGAGUCAGACUCUUGCCUUGACCCGGGUAUUCCAGUCAACGGGCGUCGCCAUGGCAGCAGCUUCUCCAUCGGCUCCCGUGUCUCCUUUACAUGCGACCUAGGAUAUACGCUGAGUGAUCAGGAGCCCAUUGUUUGCGAGCAAAAUCAUCAGUGGAGUCACGCUCUUCCCAGCUGUGAUGCUCUGUGUGGAGGUUAUGUUUUUGGAAAAAUUGGCACAAUUCUUUCACCGGGAUUUCCGGACUUCUAUCCCAAUUCUCUGAACUGCACCUGGACCGUAGAGGUGUCUCAUGGUAAAGGAGUUCACCUGAUCUUCCAUACUUUCCAUUUGGAGGAGAACCACGACUACUUGUCCAUCACGGAGGACGGCAAUUUCCUGGUCCCAGUAGCCCGAUUAACUGGCUCAGUGCUGCCCCCUAGUGUUAGAGCGGGGCUUUUUGGAAAUUUCAGUGCCCAGCUACGAUUCAUAUCAGAUUUUUCCAUGAGUUACGAGGGAUUUAACAUUACAUUCUCAGAAUACGACUUGGAGCCUUGUGAGGAUCCAGGGGUACCUGCGUUUAGCAGACGAACGGGAUUCAAAUUUGAAGUCGGUGACUCGCUAGCCUUCUCUUGUUUCCACGGUUACCGACUUGAGGGAGACAGCAAGAUCACUUGCCUCGGUGGAGGCAGGCGAGUUUGGAGCAACACACUGCCCAGAUGUAUAGCUGAGUGUGGAGCCACCUCUUUGGGACCAGAAGGUGUUAUGGUCUCUCCGAACUUUCCUUCCAACUAUGACAAUAACCAUGAGUGCAUCUAUCGCAUCACCACAGAGAAGGGACAAGGAAUUAUGCUUAAAGCCGAAAGCUUCUCUCUGCAGGAUGGAGACUAUCUCAGGGUGUACGAUGGAGAGAACAGUUCAUCUCGUCUCCUUGGCAACUUCACUCGUGAAGUCAUGAUGGGUCACGUCAUCAAUAGUACCUCCAAUCACUUGUGGCUGGAGUUCAACAGCAACGCCUCUGGAACCACUCAGGGCUUUCACCUUACUUACACAAGUUUUGACCUGAUACGGUGUGAGGAACCAGGUGUCCCUAGUUAUGGUUACAAAAUCCAGGACGACGGCCAUUAUGCCAACACCUUUGUCCUGUACUCCUGCAACCCGGGCUACAGUCUCCAUGGCAGCAGUACACUGACCUGUCUUAGUGGGGACAGACGUGUCUGGGACAAACCACUUCCAUCCUGCAUUGCUGAGUGUGGAGGUCAUAUAACUCAGGCAGUGUCUGGACGUAUCCUGUCCCCGGGAUACCCCGCCCCGUAUGACAACAACCUCCACUGCACCUGGACUGUAGAGGCUGAUACCGGCAAGACUAUAAGUCUCCACUUCAUCGUCUUCGACACUGAGAUCGACCAUGAUAUCAUGAGAGUUUGGGAUGGCCCGUCAGGGCCGUCGGAUGGAGGGAUCCUUUUGAAAGAGUGGUCGGGUCCAGAUCUACCUGAAGACAUCCACUCGACCUUUAACAUACUAACACUUCAAUUUGAUGCUGACUACUUCAUCAGCAAGCAGGGAUUUUCAAUCCAGUUCUCUACCACAACAGCAACGACCUGCAAUGACCCUGGCAUCCCAGUAAAUGGCUCUCGAUAUGGGGACAGUAAGGAGCCCGGUGACAGCAUGACGUUCCAGUGUGACCCCGGAUAUCAGCUCCAAGGCUCUGAUACCAUCACAUGUGUCCGCAUGGAUAACAGGUUCUACUGGCAGCCCGACCCUCCAACAUGCAUGGCAACAUGUGGAGGUAACGUCAGUGGUCCUUCUGGAGUGAUCCUGUCUCCUAACUACCCCCAGCCAUACCCACCGGGGAAAGAGUGUGAUUGGCGAAUACGAGUCAACCCAGAUUUUGUCAUUGCACUUAUCUUCAAAAGUUUCAACAUGGAGCCCAGUUAUGACUUCUUGCACAUCUACGAGGGCGAAGACUCCAACGGGCCACUGCUGGCAAGUCUCCAAGGUAGCCAAGCUCCUGAGCGCAUCGAGAGCGGUGGUAACAGUCUCUUCUUGGCAUUCCGAUCGGACGCUUCUCUGGGCAUGUCGGGCUUUGCCAUUGAGUUCAGAGAAAAACCCAGAGAGGCCUGUUUUGAUCCCGGGAACAUCAUGAAUGCUAGUCGGACCGGACAUGACUAUAAACUGGGAUCACAGGUGUCCUACAACUGUCACCAUGGCUACACAAUAUUGGGUGGAGAUACCAUAACAUGUGUGAUGGGCCGUGACGGGAAGCCCAUUUGGGAUAAGGCUCUACCAUUUUGUAAAGCUCCUUGUGGUGGACAGUACGGCGGAUCUGAGGGUGUGGUUUUAUCUCCAAACUACCCGCUAAACUACACCACCAGACAAAUGUGCCCCUACUACAUCACUGUGCCACCACAGUUUGUUGUUUUCGGUCAGUUUGCUGUCUUCCAGACCGCGAUGAACGACUCUGUGGAGCUAUUCGAUGGAGCCAAUGAGAACUCACGACUGUUAAGCUCUCUGGCAGGAACACAUUCAGGGGAGACGUUACCACUGGCUACAUCUAAUCAGAUAAUGCUGCGCUUCAACGCCAAGAGUGGUCAAUCAGCGAAAGGCUUUCACUUUGUCUACCAAGCUGUGCCCCGGACCAGCGACAGUCAGUGUAGCUCGGUGCCAGAGCCUCGAUACGGGAGGCGACUCGGGUCGGAGUUCUCGGCCGGAUCGGUGGUCCGGUUCGAGUGCAGUCCAGGAUAUUUGUUGAAGGGAUCAAGCGCAAUCUGGUGCCAGGCAGUACCGGGAGCUCUGGCACAGUGGAACGCAACAAAGCCAAGCUGCAUCGUUCCCUGCAGCGGCAAUUUGACUGAACGCCGCGGCACCAUCUUGUCUCCUGGCUAUCCGGAGCCUUACCCAAACAGUCUCAACUGUCUGUGGAGAAUCCAUGUCAGCGAAGGGGCUGGGAUACAGAUCCAAGUGAUUGCCUUUGCCACAGAGCACAACUGGGAUUCGUUGGAGAUCUACGAUGGAGGAGACAUGACGGCUCCUAAAUUAGGGUCAUUUUCUGGAACGACAGCUCCCGCCCUCCUUAACUCCACGUCCAAUCAGCUUCUCUUGCACUUUCAGAGUGACAUUAGUGUUGUUGCUGCAGGGUUUCACCUGGAAUAUAAAACGGUAGGUUUGACUACCUGUCCAGAGCCGAUGAUCCCAGCUAACGGCAUUAAAACAGGAGACAGGUACAUGGUCAAUGAGGUAGUGGCCUUCACCUGUGAGCCUGGGUAUGACCUACAGGGUCACUCUCAUAUUUCCUGCAUGCCUGGGACUGUGCGUCGAUGGAACUACCCGCCUCCUCUCUGUAUAGCUCGUUGUGGCAAGGUGUUGUCUGAGGUCACUGGGGUCAUCCUGAGUCCCGGUUUCCCUGGCAACUACCCAGGCAACUUGGACUGCACCUGGCAAAUCAUCUUGCCAACUGGAUAUGGAGCUCAUAUCCAGUUCCAAAACUUUUCCUCUGAAGACAACCAUGACUUUCUGGAAGUGCGGGCGGGACCACAGCACAGCUCAGCUCUUAUUGGACAGUUCACUGGGGCGCAGCUCCCGCCCCCUUUACUAAGUACCACCCACCAGACGAUCAUUCACUUUUACAGUGACCAUUCAGAGAACAGGCUAGGGUUCAAGCUCACCUAUCAAGCUUAUCAACUUCAGAACUGCCAAGAUCCAUCUCCUUUCACCAAUGGUGACAUCAUCAAUACUGACUACAGCGCUGGACAGUCAAUAACGUUCCAGUGUUACCCUGGGUAUGUUUUGAUUGGACACCCAGUCUUGACAUGUCUGCAUGGAACAAACCGGAAGUGGAAUCACCCAUUUCCACGCUGUGAAGCUCCUUGUGGCUACAAUGUCACCGCUGAAAAUGGGACCAUUUAUUCGCCCCAGUACCCCAAUGAAUACCCUAAUUCCCAAGACUGUACCUGGCUCAUCACAGUUCCCCACGGACAUGGAGUUUACAUCAACUUCACCUUGUUGCAAACAGAGCCUGUCACUGAUUAUAUUGCUGUCUGGGACGGUCCAGAUGGGUCCAGUCCUCAGCUGGGAGUAUUUAGCGGCAACACAGCGUUAGAGUCAGCCUACAGUUCCAGCUCCGAGGUUCUGAUUCGCUUUCACUCAGACUUUUCAACCAGAGGAUUCUUCAUACUCAACUUUCAUGCCUACCGUCUGAAGAAGUGCUCUGCUCCCACUGUGGUGGAGAACGCAGAGAUAAUCUAUGAAGAUGAAGACUUCCUAAUAGGUGACGUUGUGAUUUAUCGUUGCCUUCCUGGUUAUACACUCGUCGGAAAGGCAGAGCUCAUGUGUACACUCAACUCCCAUUUACUGUUCGAGGUCCCGCCCCCAACAUGUCAAGCUCAGUGUCCUGCCAAUGAGGAGCGAUUUUCAUCUUCAGGGGUCAUACUGAGUCCAAUGUUCCCUGCUAACUACCCCAACAGCCAAACCUGCUCUUGGCUGCUGCGAAUGCUUCCAGGGUACACCAUCAGUAUCUAUGUUGAGAUGUUCCACAGUGAGAAACAGUUUGAUGAGCUAGAAAUCUUUGAUGGAUCUUCAGGACAGAGCCCUUUGCUUGUGGCUCUCAGUGGAAACCACUCAUCUCAGCUCAACUUCACCUCUAAAACCAAUCAACUUUACCUACGCUGGUCCACUGACCACGCAACCAACAAAAAAGGAUUCAAGAUAAGAUACUCAGCUGCGUACUGUAGUAUCAUUGAUAUCCCAGUGAAUGGGGGUGUGGUCAACCGAACCAAACUCCAGCCAGGUAGCCGACUCCAGUUCUACUGUAUCCAUGGUUACCGUCUGGUAGGCUCAAUGAAUUGCACCUGUAGACUUCACCCCAAUGGUCUUUACCAGUGGGACACACCUCCACCAUUUUGCCAAGCCGUCUCCUGUGGGAUCCCUCAAUCACCAGGCAAUGGCAGCUUUCAUGUCAACCAGUAUACUGUGGGCAGUCAAGUGACCUACCGAUGUAACCAUGGUUACCACCUUGACCCCAAUCUUCCAGCGACGGCUGUAUGUUUGGAGGAUGGCAGCUGGAGUAAUGCUGUCUCACCCACUAAAUGUCUCCCCAUCCACUGUCCGAGCCUUGAGGGCACCUUGUCAGAUCACAUGACCCACCGUCUGCUGUCUGGUGCGCUGGGAGAGUUUGGUUCUGUGGUCAUGCUGGAAUGCCUAGCAGGAUACUCUUUCGGGGUGGGACAUCGGACACUGCGCUGUCUUGCCAACGGGACGUGGGAGGGGUCAGAUGGCCCUGCUGCAUGCAAGAUUUUGUCCUGUGGAGAUCUUCCCUCUCCUCCCUUUGGCACCAAACUCGGCACACUGACUACAUUUGGAGCUACUGCGAUUUUUAUGUGUAACCAUGGUUACACAUUAGUGGGAUCACAUGUCAGAGAAUGCGGAGCCAACGGGCUGUGGAGUGGUUCAGAGACCAGGUGUCUUGCUGGCCACUGUGACUCUCCAGAUCCUAUCGUCAAUGGGCACAUUAGCGGUGACGGCUCAAGUUACCGCGACACAGUGGUCUACCAGUGCAUGCUGGGAUAUCGGCUGAUUGGCACAUCAGUCAGAAUCUGCCAACAAGACCAUCGGUGGUCUGGAACAACACCUGUUUGUGUCCCCAUCACUUGCGGCCACCCCGGCAACCCAGCCAAUGGACGGACAAACGGCAGCGAGUUCAACCUCAAUGACGUCGUCAACUUCACCUGCAAUAAAGGUUACAUCCUGAGUGGAAAUGCACGUGCUCAAUGUCGACUCAACGGGCAGUGGAGCAGCCCCCUACCUCUCUGCAAAGUGGUAAACUGUUCGGAUCCUGGACAUGUGGAGAAUGGUGUUCGGCAGUCAGGCCUACGUUACCCAGAAGUCUUCAGCUAUGGUGUAACUGUUGCCAUCCACUGUAAACGAGGCUUCUACCUGCUGGGCUCUGCUCUCCUCACAUGCCAACAUGAUGGACGCUGGGACAAACACACCCCUCGCUGCUUAGCUAUUUCUUGUGGAGACCCUGGUUUGCCCCCAAGUGUGGUCUUGUCUGGGACACGCAGCUGGACGUAUGGCUCAGUGCUGCAAUACUCCUGUCUGCCAGGAGGGGUGCUGGUGGGCAAUGCUACACGCCACUGUCAAGAAGACGGCACAUGGAGCAGGGCACCGCCUUACUGCACAGGUUCGAGUCCAGGGUUGUGCGGGGACACGGGGGUCCCUCCCCAUGGAGGCCGUUUAGGAGGAGAGGAGUUUAAAACCAAAAGCCUGCUGCGUUUUAGCUGCGAGGCGGGAUACAAUCUGAUUGGCUCUGCUGAGAGGACAUGCCUCCACAACGGCACCUGGAGUGGAACACAGCCCGUGUGCCAAGCUGUAUCUUGUGGCAACCCAGGCACCCCGGCCCACGGCAGAAUCGUCUUCAAUGAUGGCAUCACCUUCGGCAGCUCAGUGGCUUACGCAUGCUGGGAAGGGUUCAAAACAUCAGGCCUGACCACCAGACACUGCACAACAAAUGGGACGUGGACAGGACAACCUCCAGAUUGCACUGUGAUCAGUUGUGGAGAUCCGGGGCCAAUAGCCAACGGCGUCUAUUUGGGACUGGACUUCACCUUUAACCACACUGUGGCCUACCGUUGUAACCCGGGUCUCCUGAUGGAGCCGCCUACACUUGGACACAGUGUUUUACGCUGCACUACAGAUGGAACGUGGAACCAAACCAAACCCAGUUGUAAAGUGAUCCUGUGUGGGCCACCUCCUCAAGUGCAACACGGAGAAGUGCAAGGAACAGACCAUUCAUGGGGAUCAAGUAUUAGCUACAGUUGUUUCCAUGGUUACCAUUUGUCAAUGCCAGCUGUGUUGGCAUGUGAGGGGAAUGGAACAUGGACGGGAGAUGUCCCACAGUGUCUGCCGGUCCUUUGCGGUGAUCCAGGCUCUCCUGGAGGCGGAUUCAGAGAAGGGAGCAUCUUUACUUACCGGUCAGAGGUCAGAUUCUACUGCCAGACCCCCUACUUGUUGGUCGGCUCCGCCUCCAGAGAGUGUCAGGCUGAUGGGAUGUGGAGUGGCCAACAACCAGCUUGUAUAGAUCCGGCAUUUAACAGCUGUCGUGACCCAGGAACGCCAGCAUAUGGUAUCCCGGUCCAGGCUCAGGGACUUCAGGUUGGAAGUAAACUGUCUUUUAAGUGCCGCAAAAACUACCACAUUCUUGGUUCCACCACAAGGACGUGUUUAGAAAAUCUCACUUGGAGUGGAACACAGCCUGAAUGUAUUGCUCAUUCGUGCCGUCAGCCCGAGACCCCCAGUAACGUGGAUGUCCGCUCAAUGGACCUGCCGACUUUGGGCUAUACGCUAAUCUACACGUGUCAAGACGGGUUCUAUCUGGCUGGUGGAUCGGAACACAGAACAUGUAAAAGUGAUGGGAAAUGGUCAGGCAAACCACCACUGUGUAAAGUUGGCGUUAAAGUCAAUCCCAAAGGCAGAGGAGACUCAGACAUCCAGAAGAACAAAAUUCGAGUUCCAGUGGACGUGUUCUCUCACAACUCGGAAUGGCGAGGUUUCUACGAGUAUCUGGGCAAGAGACAGGCCACCACAUUUACAGUGACAGGCUUCAAUGUGACUAGUGGAAGGGUUAACAUCACUUUACUAGAAACCAGUGGAGUGUCCAUCAGACUAUCAGGUACCUACAAGUCUGAGGAGAACCAGCUUCUUCUGAAGGUCUACCAGGUCAAGGGGCCCACAGAGCAUUACUACAGCAAGUUCAAAAAUGACAACUGGGCAAUGGAUGGAUAUGUGACUGCAGAAUCGGACCAGAAAACAUUUGUCUACCAAGGGCAUAUUCACAGUAAAGACUUUGGCAAGUUCCAUCUGACAAGACAAGGCCCCGUAGCCACGGCGAUAGACACAUCCAAUCCCUAUACAAACAGCAGCUCGGUCGCAGCAGCCAUCUUGGUUCCUUUCUUCGCCCUCAUCCUGUCUGGAUUCGCCUUCUACCUCUAUAAGCACAGGACAUUGUCUGCUGACACAGAUGACAAUGAACGACCAAAAGAUACCUGGGGGCCUGGCGGCAGAACCCGUCCCAAGGUCCAGUUCAAUGGCUACGUGGGCCAUGAAAACACCAAUGGCCAAGCAUCAUUCGAAAACCCGAUGUACGACACUAACAUGAAGCCCACCGAGGCUAAGGCCGUGCGAUUCGACACCACACUCAACACAGUAUGCACUGUGGUAUAGUCCAUCACACCUACUGCUACCUUAAAAAAGGCAGUUGUGCAGUUUGACAUGGCUAUCUGCGUUGUGGUUUAAACCAACAGGACAAACAAACAAACUCAUGAAUGACACCGGAGCAGUCUGUGUGGUGGCAUGCUGGUCAGCAUACACUGCAUAGUAAUGUGCCUCUGCUCCCUCCCAACAUGAGGAUCCACAGUCUCUCCCUCCAUCCGACAGGCAAUAGUGGGAGCAGACAGUGAUGUCAUUGAAAAGUUAGUUAAUUUGUCAGGGGGGUCUAGAUGUGAAGGAAACACAGGCAGAGGUUUCCUAACUUCCAACAUAGAAAAGUAUAAACUGCACCAAUGGCCUUUUGAUACCUUUCCCCCAAUCCGAUUACCAUAUAAGUACAGUAGUAAUACAAGGCUUGCUGGCUCCAUCACUAGGCACAAGGAUCAGUUAUACAGGACUAAAGUUGGAUUUAACCGUAACUUACAUAACCUUUUUUGUACUUAAGUACAUUGAAACCUAAAUCGACUAAAUCUAGAGAUGACUUGGUCCUUGGAGUAGACAAUUGGGAGGUUUCCAUUUGUUAAAAGGAGAUAAUCACAAGCCUAUGCAUUGCUGCAGUAUCUGGCAACAAAUGAGGCGAAGCCAUCAAUGUUCCAUAUUGUCGUGUUUAACAUAGCUUGUCCCGCUUAAUACAUUGAAAUUGCCCAGUCCAAGGUGUAGUCCGCCUUAGGCCAAAAGUCAAGUUGGAUAUUCUUCACUCACUCCCAUGAUCCUGGACCUGUAAACCAGCCCUCUUGCAGCUCCUAUGAAAAAACAGCUUAACGACUAAACACCUAAAAAAAGUCCCAAGACAACAAAUUCUGCUCUAGCAGCAGUCAGACUAUGCUCAAGCAGAAAUCCACGUUACUGAGAUGCUGCACACAAUUGUGAGGUUUCCAAAGACCUGUCAAACACUAUCAAACAGUCCAUACUUGGACUCGCCAGAAUUCCGUGCUUGUUGGUUGAACUAGAGGACACCUGGAGGCAAUAAGCUGUCAGAAUUGUCCACCCAGGAUGGAAACGUCUACAUGUCGGGUGGAAGAAGAGGAUAUCAGCCAGGUGAUAUUUGUAUCAUCCAGCCAUAAAGUUGACUUUAGACAAAUGGACGGAGGAGCUUCUCUGUUUGUGAACUGGGAAUGAGAGACAAGGCCAGGUUGCUAUGGAAACAGAGGCAAAUUGUCUCUUCUGGCAUUUUUCUUCAGUGAAGAUAUUGAUGAACUUAUGUUCAAAACCCAGUGGCCCAAUGGGACUUCCCAAUCCGCUGCUGCUGGGACUGCCCAAGUAUAAACUUUAUACAGACUCUUAAACCGCACAAAUUUUGCACUUAGUGUGUUUUUCUGACUGGGGUGUGAAAAAAAAUAAUUUUGGGGGUAAGAAACGGGUUUGGAAAAAAAGUCCUUCAAAUUAAGAACAUUUUAUUCAAAGCUUCUAUCUUAAAAAAAAAAAAAAAAACGUUGACUAAAUGAUGGCUAAUACAGGGUUACAGAGUGUUUGUAUAUACACAUUUAUAUUUAACAUCCCUGUUUGUUUUGUUGCCGUGACAACGCUCUACGCCACCCAGAACGUUGUGAUGAGUUUACCUGUGGACCUCCGGCCUUCUUGUGUGUCAUAUUGGCGCCGUUGUUGUUAAUGAUCUGGAAGCUCAUACUGAACCCUGCUACUAAAGUCUCCUAGACAGCACACAGUGUGAUGCUUCACAUUAAGAUGACAUCGUAUAUCUCAGUGUGAACUCAUGAAUUCCACGCAGUAGUAGACAGUAGAAGUUUUCAGAAACAUCGUCUUUCAAAAGAUGCAUUUUUAAUGUCCCCAACCACUCUCAUGCGUCACCCAUUUCACAUCUUUAAAUUCACUUUGUCCACCCAACACACCCUUUUAAAGAGCACACCCUUUCAUCACUAAAUAGUACAAUUACCUCUUUACUGCUUUUUGUGCCAUCCCGAUCAAUUUGAGGCAAGAUAAGAUUAAAAAGCUGAGUUUUCCAAACUGGCUGCAAGAAAUAAUUGUUUUGAUUUUCAAUUAUUUACCUGGCAUGAGUGAGUCAUGAAUAUAAUUGGCUCUCUGAAGAGUCACUUCCUAUUUUAUGCUAGGAAAACCCACCUGAAAACAGUGGAACCUCUAAUGUUUAACACAAUCUAUAAUUGGAAUGCUGCUUACAGUAGGAAGAGGAUUCAUAAUUCAUUAAUGUUUACCUGACACAUGAAACAUGACACAUGGGGGGGGGGGGGGGGGGUGUCACUAUCUACUUUAACCGCCAGAUAGUAGACUGUUGCAUAUCUUAAAAUGUUUUGUGGCAAUCCCAACAUUGACCUGCUAUGUAGAGUGGCACUUUCCAUAAUUUUCAGCAGACUGCAUUGCAAAAUUACCCCCACCCCACGCAAGAUCCACCCAGGACUGGGGCCAUAUGAAUCCCUUCCCCACUGUAUAUGAAAUAAUUAUAUUAUAAUUACUGAUCUGUUUGAGGCGACAUCAUAUCUCUUCAGUUGGUCUUCACGGUUAAAUAAGUAAUUUUCACGAACGAGUCGAGUCUUUUUAACAGCUCUUUCAAGUGACUGAUGAUAACCGAUUAAAACCAUUCACCGAUUAAAAGUGAUUCGAUUCCAGGUGCUCAAUUAAGACAGCAAGACAAAAUAAAGGCGGUGGAAGGUUUUACAGUUCAUUUUUUUAAUUGGGCGUGAACCAGUAGUUUACAAUAUUGAACUGCAAAUUGUAUGGGAUACUAAAUUCAAGUGUUUAUUUGCAGUAAACGAGAAUUGUCAAAAUGAUUAAGAAAUGUGUUCUCAAAAUAUUUCAUUCGGUGUGUUCAUUAACAAUUUGGGUCGCUGCUUUACAUUAAAGGAAAACUGAUUUUUUGUUGUUAUUAAUUGCUCAUUGUCCACAAUCUCUAAGUGAAACAAGAACAUUUGUCUUUCCCUUUUCUGUACAUACUAAAUAGUGGAAAACUGCAACACCAAUGCAGGAAAGGGGGAGUCCCACACCAUAAGACCAUCGCAACAUCGCUAGGAAGUAUUUAUUUUAAUUUGAGGAGUGAGGAUUCCUCUAAAUUCGCCACUGUAAGGAGAGCACAUGUGCUGAAAGAUACAGCCAUCAGUCGACAUCCCAGUGAGAGUGGAAAUUGUAAGGAAGAAAAGAAAAAGGAAAAUAAAUAAAAAAAGAUUGGAAAUUUUAAGUCACUGUUUUAUAUUCUUAUUUGAAACGUUUGGCAAAAGUGCUACAUGAUAAUGCUCCAAGGCUCUCAUGAAGUCUGCCAUUAGUGGUAGCAAACAUAGGAAGUGCUCUCUUUGCUCUUGUGGUUGACGGAAGUAGUAAGUAGUACUGCUAUGGGCUUUCUGAAAUCAAUGGACCGAGGAAAAAAGUUAGUGAUGCUUAAAAUGACCAAAAUAUUGUAAGUAUUACAUUGUAAAGAGCUUGUUGGUAAAUUACAUACAUAUUUGCAGCAUGUAUAUGAACCGGUGAGCCGCCUCUUACAAGCAGUUUUUAUUUUUUUAAAUGCACAGAAAAUGGAAAGACGUGUGUUCUUGCCAAAAAAAAAUUAUUAAAAAAGUGCAGUUUUCCUUGCAGUAUUUUGUGCGUCUUCACUUCUGUCUUUAUGUUUAGUAUAUCUCUCACAGAACUAAAAUGUAAUUAUAUGUUGCCUUUAAAUGUAGUUGAAGUUAUCUUAGCAAGAUUGCAUUUUUAUUUAUUUAUUUUUUCUCAAACUGCUGCACCCCAAGUCUUGUGGUUUCUUUGAGUAACUUUAGAAUCAUAUUUUUCCCCAAAAUCUUGACUUUAUAGGUUCCACUGUUUACCAUGUCUUCAUCUCUAUAGUUGCUGUUUAAAUAGUUCACCUUCAGACCUCUGUCAUGAGCUUGCAAACAAUACAUUACAAAAUCCAGUUCACACAAACAAGAUAUGCAUUUGCUCGAAACCAUUUUUAAAAAAAGAUCAAAUUAAAUAAAAAAACAUUGAACAACUGUUAAUUUACCCUGAAAUGUUUGAAUAAAUGAGUAUUAAUUUUAAUAAUUGCAAAUGAACAGAAAGCAUAUUGUCUGACUGUUCGCGGUUUACCUAACUCAUGAAAUGUGUUGUGUAGCAAUUCCAAAUUUGACCACAGCGUCAGUUGGUAUGCAGCGUGGUGCUUUCCAUCAUUUUCAGCAGACUGCGUUGCAAAAUGAUUAAGCCCCCCUCUUCCUCUCACGCGAGAUCCAUAUGAAUCCCUUCCCCUCCUGUAAAUUUCCCUAACGUAGGAAAGUUGAUUAAAAAGACUUGUAGUGUAUGUGGUGUAGCAGUUCAAGAACAAGAACUAAAGAACAGCUUGUCACAAAAUAUUUUAGUGUGUUGUUUGGUUUAUGCUGGUGUGCAUGUGCACCCAUUAAAUUGAUCUAAUUAUAUCAUUUUAGAUUUCCCAAUGAGCCAAGAGGGCAUAAUAGGACCUGAGAUUAGAAGGCUGUGAGGGUCCCGCACUAAAAGGUCUAAUUUUAACUGCUAAUGGCACGCCACUGAUCUCUAAGUGUGCCCGAACACCAAAAUUGACACUUUUUAUUAUAGUCCUGUUUAUCCUGCCAUGCAGUUAUUAGAGUUGCACUGCAAGAGGUUACAUUUGGGCAAGAAUUGAACUAAAUGCACAGUGAGCGCACUAUGUGUGUGUGUGCGUGUGUGUGUGUUUGUGUGUCCUCAAAAGGUUGCUGGUGCCGUAAUAUGGUCUCCAGCCUGCAGCCGACAUCAGAAGUCAUUACAGGCAAAAAGCGGCCAUGCAGAACGAGUAAACAAAAUGGAAUUUAAUGAAAGAGAGGAAUGUUUACCUUUCACUAACUUGGCUAGCUUCUUAUUUUCUGCUGCUAAUUUGGCUAAUGGAAGCAGAAGAGUUGUUGUAGAGCCAUUGAUGGUGUUGUGGUUCACAUUGUUGAUUAUUGUACUGCCAUUGUGGGAGCUGUUCCAACUGAAUGUGCGGCUCACCGUAAUGCAGAGAUGGCUGGGAUAGGCUCCAGCCGUUGUUGUCACCCUUACCAGGAAAAGUAGUAAACGCUAUGGACGGAUGGAGUAGUUGCAAUAUUAGUUAUUGGGCACACACAAGAUAAGUAUUUGGCUGUAAAAGAAGGCCAUUGCUGAUCUGUUUUUCCGCAUAUGCUCAUUUUAAUUCCUCAUGUUCUUAUAAGAUGUUCUGCUCAUGCAGGACAAUCUAGUUAAUGUAAUUUUCCAACAGAUGGAGCCUAUUGACUCCAUUAUAAUAUAGGCAUCAAACUCAAGGCCCUUGGGCCACACCUGGCCCGCCACAUCAUAUUCAAUGGCCCGUGAAAGCCUGGAAAUAUAAUAUGCAUCAAUAAAGUACAUUAUCUAAAUCUAUUCAAUGUUUCCAGACAUUGUGGCGGAAAGAAAUACUCACAAUUGCACAACUUUUCAAAUUAAAUAUUAUUAAAUAAUGUGACAUCUAUUACAUUAUCAUACAUCCCAAAUAUUUUUUGUUCAUAUAAAAUAAAGUAUUUUCUGGUUGACUUCUGAUUUCAAAGCAAGUUAUCCAUUAAAUUGUACAGUACUAAGGGGAUUAACAUGGCCCAUUCGUCACAGUUUACCUGACACAUGAGGUGGGACAAAUUGAGGGGUGCACUAUCCACUUUAGCCGCUAGAUGGCAGUAUAGUGUUAAAUGGCUUAGAAUGUGUUUUAUGGCAAUCCUAACUUUGAACACAGCGUCACUAUGUAGAAUGGCGCUUUCCAUCAUUUUCAGCAGACUGAAUUGCCAAAUGAUUAAACUUAGACUUAGACAAACUUUAUUGAGCCACAAGGGAAAUUGUUCCACACAGUAGCUCAGUUACAAAGUGUGGAAAGGAUAAUGCAGGUAUAAAGUAGACUAAAAAUGGACCAUCGUAGCAAUAUAAAAUAUGACAUAUAAAUAAUAAUAUUUACAUAUGAUGUAUACAUUAUAUAAUAUAUACUGAUAUACUAUUAUAUUUUUAUAUAAUAUAAACAAUAUAUAAAACAUCCCAAUUACCAUGUACAAUAUUACAGUAUAUGUAACACCUGCAGCAAAAAAAAGGGCAGCAUAAAAUAGAGAGUAGAUCCAGCAGAAAAUAUACAUAAUAAACAAAAAGAGGUAGUUAACUCCCCUUCUUCCUCUCACACAAGAUCUACCCAGGAAUGGGGCCAUAUGAAUCCUGUCCUUACUGUACAUUGUAAAAAUUAUCAUAGAAACAAUUGGCAACAGUUUUUUCCAUUUACAGUAAAAUGCUGUAAAUAAAAAAUAAUAAUAAAAAAUAACCACACCACAUUUUACAGUUAAACUCUGACGACUGAGCUGCCAGUUAUUUUUACAUUUUAAGUAGAAAAAUAUUAAGACUGUCAAAGUUAACGUGAUAAUAACGCGUUAACUAUCAAUUUCAAUAACGGCAUUCAUUUUUUUUAACGGCCGAUUAACGCACACGCGCCCUUUUUGACCCUCGGGCCGUGCCGUAGAACUUGGCUGCAGUUCACUUGCUACUGAUGAGCCACAAGCUAGCAGAAAUGGACAAAGGAAAGUUGUUUACCUUUUGGAAAAUCAGGUUCAAAGCCAUGGCAAGUUGUUCUCCCGACAAGAAAGAAGUAUGUUUCGCCGUGCGAAGAGACAACAUCACUGCAGUAAAUGCCUUCCGUGCGCGUCUUUGAGAGGCGUGUUUAGAUUACAGUUAAGGUGCAGUGAUAACAUAAUAUUUAGAUUGUUACUGUGACUGAUUUAAUAAGUAAGUUGACAUAAAAGCUCAACAGAAAUGAAAUGCGGUCGACAGGAAGUCGAAAGGAGACAUUUUUCUUGCAAACAGUCGAUCCGACAUCAAAACAUGUCAAGACACUUUCUCAAAACAAACACGUUCCCGUCUUCAAAAUAAAAGCGCUACGCUAUACAUCCGGUUUAACUACAUUAACAAAAUAAAAUGCCUUACAUUACGAUCAUGCUUUGUCAAAUAUGUUUUCUAAUGUUAUUAAGUGCACCUAAAUAAAUGCUGGCGGGCUGAAAUAUUGUGUACAUUAGUUUAUAACAUGUUCUGGUUGAGCCCUCAAUUACAUAAUUUUUAACAGGCUGAAUUAUUUAUUAUUAAAUAGAGAAGGUUAAAACAUUGUCAUGCAGCAAUAUGAAGACCAACUUGUACAACAUGUAAUGUACACAAUAUCAGAAGCAUUUAUUCAGAUAAAAAUAUCACAUUUUACAUUACCUAACAUCUUUAACAAUCACAGCAUGAUUGUAACAAUCCACAUUUGGUGUUAUUACUGAAUGAAACUUGUAUCUAAACAUGUUACUUCUCUGAAUGCAAGUGCUCCUAAAGCAGGAAUACAAAUUAUGUAUUUCUGCAAAAUACAACAUCUGGCAAGACACCAACGCACAGCAGGCAUUUUUUUAAAAAUUGUCAUUAAAUGUUGUUUGUCCUUUUUGUGUUGAGCUGUUUAAAAAGCAUAAUGUUUAAAACACAUUUCAUUAAAGUAAAUUAAUUGUCAAUUCAUGGUGUUAAAACUUGAAAAUGAUCUGUCUAGGGUACACUCUUAAAUGAUUAAAGAAAGAAAAAAUAUAUCAUCUGCUAUUAAUAGUGAUUAAUCUUGAGUUAACUGUGAACAAAAUGUGAUUAAUGGUGAUUAAACAUUUUGAAUCGUUUGACAGCCCUAAAAAAUAUAUAAUAAUUAAAUCCAUAGGCAAUUGUGUAACAAUAUCAUGAGGUAAAUUACUUAUAGUCAUAUAUUAUUGACUGUUAUAAGUGGCCCUCCAAAGGGAGCUUCAAUAAAAACCAGUUUGACACCUUUGAAUUAAUGCAUGUGUUCAACCUCCCGUGUGAAAUCUUAUUCUUCUGUUCUCGCAUGAUUAUUUGUCUUAUAACGCACCUUGUGGCUGGUCCUUUCAGAAUAAUUGUCAAAUAGUCAAAGGAAAAAGCAAAAUAUGCAUAGACUUUACACGUUAUCACCGUUCCACAGGUUCCACUCUAUAAGACCACCAGUGGGCACAGGGAAGAUGGAGAUUAUUGUGAUAUGCUAUGAUGGAAAAAACUAUUGUCAAUUGUUUUCUUUGCAUUUCUGAGCGUUCACAAUAAGACUAUGUUGCGUUGUAGGUUUUGUUUUGUUCCAAUACUUUAUUUGAAGGCAUUUCUCAGGCAGUUGAACUUGUGCUUCACUUUGUUGAUACACACUUUGUGCAGAUGGGGACUGCAUACACUAAAAUAAUGUAUUUCUUGUUCGUGUGAAGUGGAUUUAUAACAGUAUUGUUUCAACAAACCCCACAAAGAUGUAUCUUUUUUUUAAAAGGAGGUCAGCAGUGCUCACCGGCACUAUCAUCACCGUCGCUAGCACCAUCACCAUCACCAUCAUUAUCAUCCUCACCAUUACUCUCCUUUUUGUCUCCAUUGUGAUGUGCUGCUCAACUUGAAGUUGCAACAGAAAAUACAUUUUUGUACAGAAAUCUAUUUUUUAUGAAGAGUUUGUUUAAGACAAAAAAGUAUUAAAUAUGCUGUACUUCAUAUGAUCAACGAUGUGGGUUGGAACAACAUCUUGUUUAUGGAAAGAAAUACAACUUUUUUAGUGCUAUUAUAAUCCACCUAAAAUGAUUGGAAUGAGCGAUGCUGCACAGGAACACUGGAUACUGUUCUGUUUCAUGUGAAUAAUAAUGACAACAAUACUACAGUGAUGGAAAUGGACAUGAGGUUAAUUAUACUACGCUGCUGUGCAAAAGUCUUGGGUCACAAUUAUAAAUGUUUUAGCGAUGCCAUAAUGACUGUAUAUAACUGGAAAGUCACUAUGUAGCGAACAGACCAAAGCUGUACUGCUAUUUUUGUCCUUCUGUUUUCGUUAUUAUGCUACUUGUUUGUUUUUUUUCCCAUCAUUUUGGUUGGUGAACACAUCUGCCAUCGUAGUUAAAACAGUAAAAAAAUAAAUGCACAUGUAUCUAUAGAUGGUCAAAUGGUACACAAUUAAAUAAAUAAUAAAAAUCAAAUUAAGAAAUACAUCUUUGAAAAAUAAUUUAAAUGUAUCAUGAAAUAGUAUAAUUAUAAUAAUGUGUAAGAUGUGAUGUAACAUGCUGAAAGUGGAUUAAAAAGUAGAAAUAGAUACAUGUGUUGUCAAAUUUGCAAGAGUACAUUUAAUUAUGUCAUCAUUUAAUUUUCGUAUUUAAUUAUUUCAAUAGUUUAGUAAUUACUUCAAUAUGUAUUAAUUUGGUAAUAAUGUAAUUAUUGAUUUCAUGAUUUAAUUAAUUAUUUCAUGAUUUAAUGAAGUAGUUGACAAUUUAAUUAAGUAUUUAAUGGUGUACUGAUUUAACUUAUUUAUCAACCUGUGGCUGCACUAAGGCACAGGUUCGUAAAAAUAAUUAAAUAAUCAUUAAAUAAAGAUUUAAGUAAUUAAAUAAAAAAAAUUAAAGCCAAGAUCAAACAAUGAAUGAGACAUUGAAAUAACUAGUUAAAUCAUUACAUUUAUUUUACAUUUAAUAAAAUAGCAACUUACUUUAUAAAACAUAUGUAUUUAAGUGUAAAUGGCUGUCUGUCUGUCUGUCUGUGUUGGCCCUGCGAAGAGGUGGCGACUGGUCCAGGAAUUGCCUUCCACCCGAGUGCAUCUGGGAUAGGCUCCAGCCCCAUGCCGCCCCCCUCGCCCCAAAAAUCAUAAAUCAUUGUGACACUUUUAAGUAAUUAUUUAAAUAUGUAUUUAUGUAUUUAAUUUUGAGCCUGCAUAUUUAUCCAGGUCCUCACCAGAAUUAAGUUUUAAUUUUGUUUUAAUAUUUUUGUUUAUAAUAAGGCUGUGCUCUUUUUAAUGGUUUAUAAAACUGUUUACAAGUAGCUACUAAUGAUGUAUAAACACACUCAUUAAUACAGUGUUAUUAACAACUUGUAAUUUUCCAGAUUCGGUCACUAUUAGGUGCAAUUUAAGCCAUGCUAAUCCGGAUUUAUAUAAAUAAGUUAUUAGUAUGCCCUUAAUAUGAAGUGUUAAGUGAAAAAAUGUGAAUGCAAUAUAUUUAUAGUGCUUACCAUCUGAGAGUCAUUUUUGCUAUCAAAAACUGUUGACAGUGACCCAGGUAUGUUCCUGCCUACAGUGUGAGCAUAUUCUUUUUUUAAUCAAAUUUGACGAAUACUACGUUAAUAUUGACACCCAUGAUCAUUUUGGGCUCACUAAUUCUAUGUUAUACAUGCAUACCGUUCAAUGUAUUGUAUUGUGUAAAAACAAAGGAAGGUGUGGGCCAAGACUUUUGCACGUUAUAAUAUUAAAUUUUUUCGUAAACAUGGAGCUGUUGUCAGUUCUUUUCAAGACAGUGUUCCACAGUGUUCCUGUGAAAGAGCAGCUCAUGAUAAUAUUAAUAUACCAUAAUCUAUAACUGCGUUUGAAACAACUGAGCUUUGUCAUGACAUUUCCGGCCCUAAAGAGACACCCCAUGUCUGUCUAGACGAGGAGAACCACUUCUAAGUGGAAUUGGAAUAGGGACACAUAUGGACGCUCCAAUUCAAUUGUGAUUCUAUUGCAAUGUUUGCAAUCCACUAUUUUGUUCAAUGCCUGAGAGAGGAACACAUAUUGCGAGUAUACGAUAUGUGAAUGCAGCCUCAUAACCUGUUGUCAAAGAGACUGACACUUUAUCAACUAUUUUGAAGA